UCAUUUUCUUCCCAGGGAGCUUCUUUCGCCUUCUCCCUUCCUGCCGCUCCCUAGAUAGGGUUAGGGUUUCCUCCACCGUCCCCUCCCCCCGCACAAGCACAGCAUCUGGAAUGCCACCGGCAGGCAUGACCUAUCGCGGUCCUUGGAAAUGGCUCCGGGCUCCAAGGCGUAAGAGGAGGAAGGUUGAAGUCGAAGAGAUUGGGGGCCAAGACGAAGAAGACAUGGGGAUCGAAGCGGAAGACGAAGAAGAAGAAGACGAAGAAGAAGAAGAAGAAGAAGAAGAAGAAGAAGAAGAAGAAGACGGAGAAGGAGAAGGUAUGGGCGCAGGGAUUGGGGGCGGAGACCAAGGCGGAUGGGAUGGGGGCGGAGACCAAGGCGGAUGGGAUGGGGGCGGAGGCCAAGGCCAAGGCGACGUGUUUUUUCUCGAAGAUGUUCCUCAGCCGAUUAUUUGGGGUAGGAGAAGUCAUCUCGAUGGAGUGGCAUGGACGUGUGUCUGUCAACACACGAAUCAUCCAUCCCGAGAACUUUUCGUGGACCUGCCUGCCUUCUACUGCACCAACUGCAAUGCUGAGAGAAGGAUUGAUUUCCGCUUCUCGUUUGGGAACCUUGCGGCAAAUGAGGAAUGCCCUAUUGGGGAGAUUCUAUACCAGGGGCAAACAAAUGAUUGCUUGUUAUUUGCACUUGCAAAAGGAGCUGAAAUUACCGAUAGAAUGCGUGAAAUUUUGUCAGGCAGCGAUCUUGUCAUCCCCACCUUAGAUCCAUUCAGUUUGAAGGAAAUUUGUUUGGCUUCUGGAUUGUUUGAGGGGGGGCGGAUUAAACUCUCUGGUGAUGAAGCAUUGGGAAAAAUGUUUCAUUUAAUGCAGACAGUUGGAAUACAGGAUGCGGCACGCGAACAUACCUGCAGAAUCGGCGGCGUAGAGCAAGUCCAAGGUUAUUUUGAAGAUAUUGUUAGAGAGCUCGCGAAGGGUUAUCCCCUCAUGGUUGACAUUAUGCCUGGGAAGGAGUUUGGGCAUAUUAAAUAUCAUGAGGUAUAUCGCUGCCCGUUCAAUAACAGGACCAUAAAAGCUGGAAGCAAAGUCAUGAUGCACACAGUGCUCCUCGUGGGUGCUGCCAGGUUAAGAGAGCUUGAUUAUUUCUACUUCCUAAACAGUUACGGGGAGUGGUGGUGUGUAAGAGUCCACCGACACACUAAAGACAAGAUUGGGGGUAUUGGGAAACUUGUUGCUGAUGAUAUUUGUUGCCAGCCGUACAAGUUCCUCAGAAUUGUCCAACCAUGACUAGGUAGAAGUAGUAUCAAUAGCUGUUUGUUCUGCUGCUGUAUUUAAGAUUCAGUGACCAUGUUCAAUCCUGGAAGAAACAGUCAACCUUGGGCUACUUGAUAUUAAUUUCACUGUUUCAGUAUGUCAGUACUGUUUAAUCCAAGUCUGCUGUUCUGACAUCAUGUGAACUUAAA